GUCGUCAACUACGGCGCCGAGUGGUGCAAACACUGCGCAAAGUUGACGCCCGCGAUCGACGCGCUGCGCGAGCGCUGGGGCGGCGAGGUCGCGUUCGUGGACGCGGACGUGGACGCGCUGCCGUUCACGGCGCGCGCGGUGCGAUGGACGCCGACGGUGGCGUUUUACAGAAACGGACGGUUGGUGGACGAGUGCGAGCGAGCAAAGCCGACGCAGGUGGCGGAUCGCGCGUGGUUGCACGCG